CCCUGCGUCACACCUUACGUCUAUCAGCAGUGCGGUAGCAAUAGCAGCGGCGGCGGUUCGACAGAGGGUGUCGUGGUGAACGUCAGUGCAAGUAACGGCGUCAGCAGCGGUGGCAGCGGCGUCGGCAGCGGUGGCAUGGACUGCAUGCCUUUGCGCCCCGGUCCGUUUCACUACCUCAUCAACGAACAAGCUAAGUCCCUGGUGGCACUGCAGGAACUGCAGAAUGAAGUCGGUGCUCUGCUCGAGUUCCGGGACCUCGUCAUCGAGACGUUCCCAAACCUCCGGCACAAGAUGGCCGCGACGGCGUCCGCGGGUGCGUCCGUGAUGUCGUCUACCUGUACCCAGAGCUCGCACAUCCCGUUGCCGCUGUCGAGCCCGUCCUCGCGAAGGAUCAGUGAAUGGGAGCCUGGCAAGAUAAGACGGCGAGUGACACGCGAAAGUAGCGGCGGCGGCGGCAGCGGUGGAAGCGGUAGCGGGGGUGGAGGUGAAUCGUCUUCGUCGCUGCCUAGAAGCCGCAGCAACUCCCAUAGUGGCGGCACCAAGAACAACUGCAGCGCGACGGUCCAGGAUUCAGGUUUCAGCACGGAAACUUCGUCGAAGGACAGCGCCUCGACGGCGAUUGCGCCGCGAGCAAGCAGUCCUCGACCGAAUACAUUGGACGAGGCGGAGGACGAGCUCUGGAACCUGCUAGAUGUGAUCCAUCGUAAAGGAAUUCGGCUGCGGGAGGAAGUCGAGUGCCUUCAGGGUCGCUUGGAGAGCGUUUCGACAGAGGAGCUGGUGUCGACGGAUGUGCUCGAAGCUGUGAGAAAAAUCACUGACCUCGGUGAUGCUGAUAGAAGAACAAUUGGCUGUAAUAUUAAUGUUAACGAUGGGAGUGUCGAUCUACAGGAUAGUAGGGACCCGCAAGUGAUAGCUCUCAGGCGGGAGAAGGAACAGUUAUUAGAUAAAGUGGCCGAGCUCGAAGCAGAGACGAUAUCGAGUCGUGCCCGAGCUCAAGAACUGCAAACGGAGUUGGCCGCCCUAUCGGCACUGAAGACUGGUCUGGAGGAUCGGUUGCGGGUUGGACUGACCGAGAACGCCCCGGAAAUUUUAACACCGGGCGUUCAAAGACUGCAACCUAUCGCGCCGGUAAUUUCCUCGCCGAAAAAUGCAAAUGUUACUAGUAUCAAAAGCAACAGUUCGGCGUUCGUGUCGGUCACCGGUAGUCCUGGAAGCAAGGUUCACAAGAGCCGCUUUCGCACAAGGACCAUCGAGAAGAAUGUAUUAUUGGAUGUUGUCGGGUGUAAUGACGAGAUGCGUAAUGUCGACAUCGAUGUUGAGGCGAACGUGAAUGAAAGGCGAGCCAGGUUGGGAGCGCUCGAUUCCAUCCUGGUCUCGCCCACGAGGGUGACUCACGUGAAAGACGUCGACUCAAAAAAGAUUGCGGCCAUUCUUCGCGAGCAUUCGCCCCUCGAGCUUCAGCGGCACUUAAUUACCACUACCGUCCAUAAUCAGGUCCUACAAAAAAGGCUAGAUGAAGUCAAGAAAAGUACAGAAACUCUCUCAGAGCGAUUGGAUAAAGCGCGCGAGGAGAACGAUGAUUUGCGUUUCCAGUUAGAGGAACGAAAUAUCGAACUAGAAGGUACGCGGGCGCGAGUGCGCGUAUUGGAACGUCUUCAACAACGACCACCAACGGAAGUCGAGCCCGAGGCGGAUUUGGAGCAGCCCAGAUGCGAGCAAAGCGGCCUCGAGCCCGGCAGCAGUACGGAGUCCGCGCGAGACCAUCAUCAGCCGGUAGAGAUUAAACCGUCGCCACGGCGACGUCCUAGUCGUAUACCUUUACCCGGCAAUGUGAGCGGCAAGACAACGACAACGCCUACAACGAGCGUGAUUGCAACGACGCCUGCGCGACCGCCCAGUCACGGCAGGAACGAUAGCAGGGAAUCACUCAAAUCGCUAACGAGACCACCGCGUGAUUCUAGUCGUGACAGCCAUGGCGGCGGCAAGUCGUUAUCGAAACCGCGCGAAUCCAGUCGGGACUCGCUAGGCAAUAGAAGUCUAUCCAGGAGCGGCGGUAACGGAAACAACACCAGUAGCGUUGGCGCCGGCAGCAAGGAAACAAAUCGGGAGUCGUCUUUGAACAAUCGAUCCCUGCCGCGUAACAAUUCCAGCCGAGACUCCUUAAACAAAUCCUCCUCGCUGUCCCGCGCCCGUGACUCGCUGGAGUCUAACAACAACCUCGGCACAUCCUCGCCCAACACGGGAACGAUUAACGCUCCUCCUCGACGACCGCCCGCUCCUGCACGCCGUUCCCACAGCCUGGCGCGCGCAGCGACGUCCGUCGAUGCGUCUGAGAACGGCAAGGUACGACCUGUAAAGCAAUUCUUUUGGAGCAGCUGGCUGAAGUCACCGUUGUCCAAUGGCCCGAACUGCACCGAACCACCGAGUUCCUGGUGCUCGACCAACAGCAGUUUCCGGCACAGCGACUCGUCCCUCUACCCGGACUCCCUGAAUCAAGAGACAUCGUCCGUCACCGGUUCCACGCGGGUAGAAUUCAUAAUCGGUUCGCCCACCAGGCGCUUUCGUCCGAGCUCCGCGUGGCCUCACCGCUAUUUCGACAGCAUCGACUCGGCGGCUACAGUGCCAGAAAGCCUGCUAACCGACGAAUUUCCUCUACGACGCGGCGAGGCCUUGGCCGAAUAUUUUGCCGUGUUGAUGCAUCUACUAAAGUGUGCGCUCGGUACCGGUAUACUCUUCUUACCGCACGCCUUCAGAAGGACUGGCUACAUGGUGUCCAUCGUCUGCGGUAUCGUCAUCGGCACGCUGUGCAUUCACAUGGCCGUCAUUAUCGUGCAGUGCUCUCAGGCGUUAUGCAGACGUAAUCGCGUGCCCAUGCUGAAUUUCGCCGAAACGGCGCAGUUCUCCUUCCAGUCAGGUCCGGAGAGGAUUCGAAAGUACGCCAAGCUAUUUGGCGUAGUUACCAACGUGAUCAUUUGCUUCGUGCACUUUCAGGCCGCAGUGAUAUACAUCUUAUACGUGGCCACAUCGUUCCAACAGGUGAUAGAAUUUUUCGCGAACCUCGAGAUGUCCUCGCGUGUCUAUAUCGGCAUCUUCUUUCCCUUUACCUGCGCCUUGGGCUUCGUGCCAAACCUGAAGUAUCUGGCGCCGUUCUCCGUUAUCGGUACUUUGUUCCUGUUCCUUGGAGUUUGCACUGCGUUCUACUACUUCCUGGACGAUGUUCCCGAUCCCCGUAGACUCGACGCUCUGACGGAAGUUCUACCUGUGCCCAUGUAUUGCGCCAUUUUUCUGUUUGCCUUGCACAAUAUGACCCUGUACCUUCCGCUGGAGAAUACGAUGAGACAUCCCAGUCAUAUGCCGCGUCUGAUUAUCACCAGCAACUUGCUGAACAUUGUCAUAUAUCUAACUUUCGGCUUCCUGGGAUACAACAAGUACCCAGACGCCUGUGACACCGUUAUCAAGAACUUACCAAUGGAGGAGACCCUGGCCCAAGUAGUCAAGAUAGCCAUUUCCUUGUCAGCCCUAUUUACUUUCGGUUUGACGUACUACGUCCCGAUCAGUGUGCUGUGGCCUAUGAUUCAAUCGAGAAUCGUCACGAAGAGUACACUGCAUCAUCGAUUUUAUGAAAGCUUGCUUCGAUUAGGCGGUGUAAUAGGCACCACGCUGCUGGCCAUCGCCGUGCCCCAAAUGGUACCUCUGUUGGGCCUUAUCUCCGCCUUGGGCAUAUCGACGAUCAUGCUGCUGAUACCCAUACUAAUCGAGACAUCGACUAAGUGGGCGGAAGCCACGAGGACGAUGCUCGCAAAGAACAUCGCUAUUUUCAUCGUGUGGCUACUGAUCUUGAUUUUUGGGACGAUAGAAAGCACCUGGUCAAUUGUUAGAGAAUAUAGCGGAACAAAGCAGGAAGAAUGUUGAUUGAUAGGCUGUCAAACUGCUUGAGAAACUCUUAGCACAAAUUAUGCUUCCUACGAUAACAUAACUCGCAAAGCAGUCUGAUGUCACUUGAGGAUGCAGAUAAUUAGCGAUGAAGGACAGAUUCUUCAGAGCA